GCGCCUGCGCAGAGUCCUCCGGCCACAGCUCGCACCGGCUGUCUCAGCGCCGGGUUCCGACAGAGAGGCGAGCACUGAGCCGCGCAGGGCCCCGCCCCGGGCUCCAUUGUUGAGGCAGCCGGCUCUCCGCGGGCUGCGCUCCUCUUGGCCGCCCUCAGCGCACGAGCCACUAGAUCCUGAGCAAUGGAAGAGUUAAUAGUCGAACUUCGUCUCUUCCUGGAGCUCCUGGACCAUGAGUACCUCACAUCAACUGUCAGAGAGAAAAAGGCAGUGCUCACCAACAUCCUGCUGCGAAUGCAGUCAUCCAAGAGCUUUGAAGUGAAGGACCAUGCUCAGAAGGCAGAGGCCAACAGCCUGCCGGCACCCCCACAGAUGCCUCUGCCUGAGAUCCCUCAGCCAUGGCUGCCUCCUGACAGUGGGCCUCCACCCUUACCGACAUCCUCUCUCCCAGAGGGUUACUAUGAGGAAGCCGUGCCGCUGAGUCCUGGAAAAGCUCCAGAGUACAUCACCUCAAAUUAUGACUCCGACGCUAUGAGCAGUUCCUAUGAGUCAUAUGAUGAAGAGGAGGAGGACGGAAAGGGGAAGAAAACCAGGCACCAGUGGCCUUCGGAGGAGGCCUCUAUGGACCUGGUGAAAGACGCCAAGAUCUGUGCCUUCCUGCUGCGCAAGAAACGCUUUGGCCAGUGGACCAAGCUGCUCUGUGUUAUCAAGGACACCAAGUUGCUGUGCUAUAAAAGUUCCAAGGACCAGCAGCCUCAGAUGGAGCUGCCACUGCAAGGCUGCAGCAUCACGUACAUCCCAAGAGACAGUAAGAAGAAGAAGCAUGAGCUGAAAAUCACCCAGCAAGGCACAGACCCACUGGUUCUUGCCGUCCAGAGCAAGGAGCAGGCUGAGCAGUGGCUGAAGGUGAUCAAAGAUGCCUACAAUGGCUGUAGCGGCCCUGUGGAUCCCGAGUGUUCUCCACCACCCAGCACCAGUGCCCCCGUGAACAAGGCAGAACUGGAGAAGAAAUUGUCUUCAGAGAGGCCCAGCUCCGAUGGAGAAGGUGCCGUGGAAAAUGGAGUCACCACAUGUAAUGGAAAAGAACAAGUGAAGAGGAAGAAAACCCCCAAGUCAGAUGGCAAGGGAACUGUGUCCAAGGUCACCGGGAAGAAAAUCACCAAGAUCAUUGGUCUGGGGAAGAAGAAACCAUCCACAGAUGAGCAGACAUCGUCAGCGGAGGAAGACGUGCCUACCUGUGGGUACCUAAACGUGCUCUCCAACAGCCGCUGGCGGGAGCGCUGGUGCAGAGUGAAGGAUAGCAAGCUCAUUUUCCAUAAGGACAGGGCCGACCUGAAGACCCACAUCGUCUCCAUCCCUCUCCGUGGCUGUGAGGUGAUUCCAGGCUUGGAUUCUAAGCACCCACUGACUUUCCGGCUGCUUCGCAAUGGACAGGAGGUGGCCGUGCUAGAGGCAUCAUCUUCUGAAGACAUGGGCAGAUGGAUUGGCAUCUUACUGGCUGAGACGGGGUCAUCAACAGACCCAGGAGCCCUGCACUAUGAUUACAUAGACGUGGAGAUGUCGGCAAAUGUCAUCCAGACAGCCAAACAGACCUUCUGCUUUAUGAACAGGAGGGCAGUGUCCACAAGCCCAUACCUGGGGAGCAUCUCCAAUGGCUACGCCCACCCCAGCGGGACAGCACUACACUACGAUGAUGUCCCCUGUGUCAACGGCUCGUGGGCCAUGGAUGGCGGCUUUCCUGGCUGUGGGAGCAGAGGCCUGGCGGAAGAGGUGCUUUAUGAUAAUGCGGGCCUCUACGAUAACUUGCCAUCGCCGACAAUCUUUGCCCGCUCCUCUCCUGCUGACCGGAGGGCGUCUCGGACACCCGCUGACAGGCUAUCCUCUAACCACUACAAAUCCCCCACCUCCUGCAGCCCACCCUGCUCCCCACCUGUCACUAACACCUCUUCUGUGGGGAGGGCAUCUCUCGGGCCGCACUCCCAGUUGAAGAGCAAAAAACCUCCAGUGGCAUCUAAUGGGGCCCCUGGCAAGGGGAAGGCUCCAAGCAGCCAGCAGAAAAAGGUGGACUCUGCAGGCGGCGUGAAACGGACGGCAUCAAAUGCUGACCAGUACAAAUACGGUAAGAACCGGGUGGAAGCCGACGCCAAGCUGCUACAGUCCAAAGAGGAGGAGCUGCUGAAGAGGAAAGAGGCCCUGCGGAACAGGCUAGCGCAGCUCCGGAAGGAGAGGAAGGACCUGAGGGCCGCCAUCGAAGUGAAUGCAGGCAGGAAGCCCCAAGUGGCCCUGGAGGACAAGCUGAAGAGGCUGGAGGAAGAGUGUAAGCAGAGGGAGGCGGAGCGGGUCAGCCUGGAGCUGGAGCUGACGGAGGUCAAGGAGAGCCUGAAGAAGGCCUUGGCAGGUGGCGUCACCCUAGGACUGGCCAUCGAGCCCAAGUCGGGGACAUCAAGUCCACAGUCUCCUGUGUUCCGGCAUCGGACUCUGGAAAAUUCUCCCCUCUCCAGCUGUGAUACAAGUGAUGCUGAGGGGCCCCUGCCUGUGAACAGUGCAGCCGUCCUGAAGAAGAGCCAGCCAUCCUCGGGCAGCUCCCCUUGCCGUGGGCACGUGCUGCAGAAGGCCAAGGAGUGGGAGCUGAAGAAUGGGACAUAGAGGGAGGCCAGCUGCACCCAGACAGAGACUGCGUCCUGCCACCAGCCUCAAGUGUGACAUGUGCGCCUCCCAAAGUGGCCUGAGCAUGACUUCAGAAGUCUGGACUGAGUCUGACGCUGACCCUUGGCCAGCUUGCGUGCACGCUCUCUACUGUAUGACGGUGCCCUUUAGAAAAAAGUUUACUUUAAGACUUUGGUGUCCAAAUUUACUUUUUAAAAAACAGAAACAAAGGGGGUCGACAGUUGUUUUGAAGCACCCUCUGGCAGAUGGGGCAGUCAUGGUUCUGAGGACAGCUCAACCCCAGCUUGCAGCCCAUGGACCAUGUGCCCUUGUGAGAUGGAGUGGCCCAAGCCUUCCCCCUGUGUGGUCAGAGCUGCACACCCUGUUUGCCAGAGUCCUGCUCUGCGGCAGCAUGAACUCCUUGUGUCUCUGCAGCACCCCCACCCCGACCCCAGCCCCAGCCUGUCCCCUUGUCACUGGAGGUGAAGCCAUGAGGAAUAGUGCUAUGAAGUGGUUUUUAAGGUUUGGUUUGGUUUUUGGAUAGACAUUUUGUCACCAGGAUGGAAAAGAUGUCAUUCUUUUUACUAGUGUUUUUUUGUUUGUUCUCUUUUAAAGAAAACAUCCCCCUUUAUCAUGUGCUAUGAUUAGAUGUUAGGGACUUUUCAGAGACCCUGUUUCCCAUUUUAUGAUGUAUCUUGAGAGGCAGCACAGAGCUUUUGGUCCUUGGCUAGCAGUUUUUCCUUCCCCUUGACCUGAGACCCCAGCCUCCCCUGCUGUGGGGCAGGAGCUCCUCAGCCCAGGAGACAUACGGUCACCGUCUGCCUGUGGAUCUAGUCAUCGAGGCCAGAGCCUUCUUUGGAAACAGAGCAGGUUUGAGAACCUAUAGUCAAGCCUGGACCAUCUUGGAACAGAGAUGAAUCCUUUCAGAGAACCUCCCUCCAGUUCAUAGUUGAAGCUGUGGAUCAGAGGUGCGCUCCCAUGCCAAGGUUCUGAUUGUGGGGGCCUCCCCACAUGCCUGUGUGCACUGUUUCUUGGAUAGUUCAGAUGUUCAAUAUGUGCAGCCUAUAGCUCAUAGGUGGUGCUAUCCUCUAUCCUAGGGGUCUGAGAGUCGAACUGGCUUUUGUGGGCUUCCACGGUACUGUCUAGACAUUUCCACCAUGGGGUGUUGCAGGCAGUGAGGAGGAGUUAGCCAUCUCUGCAGACUAGUUCAGGGCAAGUUAUACAUAGGCAAGGGGCUUGUUCUCUAGACUGAGAACCUGGUGGUGCUGUCCUUCCCACCACAGCCCAGAAUGUCCUUAGCACACACAGGAGGAAAGUUUUCUAGGCUCUCUGCCUUUUGGGCCUGUUCUCUGGGCAGCGUUCAUGGUUAGGGUCAGUGCUCUGUGCUUCAGCCCUGUAGCAGCUGUUGGAGUCACCAAAGAGCAGCAAGGUGGACAGGGACACCAGACCAGACAUCUGAAGCUGCUCAGCUGGAGUCCUCCUCAAAACAGACCACCACAGAGCUGCUUGCCAGCUCUCAGAUGGUGCUUCACUCUAGUGCCUUCCUCCACAGGGCAGUGAGGAGUCUUCACACCAGCAUCUGUGUGUGCUAACUUCUGCCGGGAAGCUGUGUAGAGGACCAGGAGGAGGGAUGCAGCCUGUUCACAGAGCAGCAACUGGGGGAGCCCCUUGUGUCAUUACAGGAAGCUGUGACCAUUUCGUGAGACAUUCGCACUCUGAAAGGAAAGAGAGUUUGACCUGCCGGAGAUGUCUGCUGCCUGUGGACCUCAGCAGCACUUUUGGCCACUCUGAUGGCAGCCUGCUUUGCCAGGAAAGCUGUGCCAGGUUUUGAUUGGUACCAAAACAAGGAGAACAUGCCCAACUUAACAACCAGUUCUGGCCAGCAUAGAGAGACGUCUGUAAUGGAGCAGGGAUAUUAGUGGAGCAUCAUGUCCAGCAAAUAAGUCUCAGAUGAGUUUGUUCUGAUGAAGACACAGUAGGCUCCAGACUCCUGGUGUUCAUAUCUUGUGCUAAGAAACCUGGGCUUGUAAUUCCCUCAGCCCUGAUGGAUCCUGUAAGUUCCACAGAGCCAUAUAAAGUAGGUCCCAGGGAAAGCAAGGCCCUUGACACAGGGUUCUGCUGUCCUGUGUUCCCCUUCAUGUUCUUAGAUUUGGUCAGAAAGCUAGUUUAAAGCAUUUGCUUCAAAAUAAGUUAUUUAUUUGUAAAUGUUCAAUAAAUAUAGUUUUAAUUUAUGUGUGUACAUAUUGGACACCCAUGAGACAUCUUGUCAGGAUUCUCACAGUGUUCCCAUUCUAUGAUUCUCCCAAAGCCACAGGCAUGACCCCAGCCAUCAAUGGCACAGGUUUGCUUUGUGGAACCAAGUAGGCAGAGGGCUGAGCCAGCCCCUUUCUGUGAGCUAUUGGGUCGCUGGUCCAUGGGAGGUUCCCCACCUUUUGGGGGCUCUCUUUGUCUGAGGCCACAGUGUUUCUUGGGGUCUAAUUUUGUCACAAACUGGCAAGAUGUCAUCAGGUUUCACAGUCCCCUCCACUUUUCUGUCCGUUCACUAACUAACCCUUUGCAUGCAAAUCUCAUGCUGGCCUGUGGGCUUCCUGUGGUCCCUGGCUGGGGCCUGGGUGCGGACCCUCACUGUCACACACUCUCAUGUACCAGUGUUCUUUCAAGGGUGAGCAUGGGUCAGUCAGUCAGGAUAUCCCAGGUGCCAGGAUGGCCUGCGAGCUGGGAUGGACCUACUACACACGGAAUCUCCCAGAGUCCUUGCUGCUCCCCCCGCCUCACAUGUCAGUCUUGGCUCUUUCCUGCACAUGCCUUGUUAUGGGCACUGCCUCACUCAGCGGUCCACCUCAUCUAUCUGCUCGCCCAAUCUGCUUUUGGCUGUUUGUCCCUAAGCCCGCGCUGAUGGACUGGAGAAUUGGCACUUUUAGAAAAUCCACUUUGAAAAGCAAUGUCCGAGGCCACCAAGGAAGGCUUCCACUGUCUGGGGACUGCAGUUGUGUCCCCCCUCACCCCCCCGUUAGAAUUCACAUGUGGACAACAGCGGGCGUGUCCCUGGUCUCUCCUCCCAAACACAAGGGACAAGGCUGCCCUGCAGUUGACAUCCACCCUGUGCUCUGGGGAUGCCUGAGCCAAGCAAGUGAGUCCUCCAUUCACAGCCACCCUCACCAGCAGACAGGACACCCCCACAGUCCAUUAUAUGGGUGUGGCAGCAUCAAAAUGAUUGACUAUUGUCUUUCUCCUCCUCUUCCUUUUUUCUAAAGUAAUUUUAAACCAGAAACAUUUCAAAUCCAUGAUAUAUUUUUAAAGUAAUUGAAUGUCUGGGUCCUGUUCCCACUGACUUACUACUUACCACACCAGAGGCCAGGUUUCUACUGUGAAAUUAACAAUGAAACUCAUGUGCUGUCUGCACAGCUCAGCCCCAGGAAGAGGCUGAAGCAGGUGUGGCCACAUCACCGGCAUGGGAAGCCCACCCCUUAGUUUUGAGGGAGACCCUUGGCCAGUAGCUGGGGACAAUACUGGCUUUGGAAACCUCAGCUUCCCACACACCCUGUUGGAUUAUCCUUUCAAAGUGGAGUCUUCAAUUCACAAUUCUUAGGGACCAAAGGUGUUUCUAAUAAGAUAAUGGUUUUAAUUGAUUUUCUAACAAAGGUCUACUUUGUUUCAACAUCAAUUUUUUACAUUCUAGGUAUUCCAAAUGAAUUGCUCGUAGCUCUAAGUUGUAAAAUGUUUUCACAUUAUGAAUGUAAUUAUUUCCUUAUUGUAUUUUUUAAAAAAAACUAAAGUCAUAUUUAAAAUUAUCUUGGA